UCAAAAAAUUAUUAAACUUGUCAAUUUCUUGUUGGUAGAUACAGUAGUUUUUGUUUUUUCUUCAAAACUCUCUUCCAUUCAACGUGCAAAAUCUCGAAAUUAAUAAAAUCAAAGUAUAUCGAAAAUGUCAUUCAACCAACGUGAAACACUCUCAAUCCACAUUGGACAAGCAGGCAUUCAAAUUGGUAGUGAACUGUGGAAAUUAUAUAGCAUCGAGCAUGGUAUUUCUGCCAGUGGAAAACUGGAAAAUCAUGGAGAUGCUUGUACUGAAACCGGUCGAAAUACAUUUUUUGAAGAGACAAAUCGCGAAAAAUUUGUGCCAAGAUCAAUUUUCAUCGAUACUGAACCGUCCAUAAUUGAUGAAUUGCGCAGAUGUGAUUAUCGAGAGCUCUAUAAUCCAAAUUAUUUAUUCAGUGGCAAAGAAGAUUCGGCAAAUAAUUUUGUUCGUGGAUAUCAUACGCUUGGCCGUGUAUUAAUCGAAUCAGUGAAUGAAAAAAUACGUCAAAUUAUUGAACAUACAAAUAACUUGCAAGGAUUUUUCUUGUAUCAUUCAUUUGGUGGUGGAACCGGCUCUGGAUUUUCAGCAAAAUUAUUGGAAACACUGGUCGACGACUAUCCUCGUCUAACUAAACUACAAGUGGCUAUUCAUCCAGCACCGAGCAUAUCGUCCACAAUCGUUGAACCAUAUAACUCAGUGUUAACGACACAUUCAACGCUAGAUCAAGUAGACUGUGCAUUUAUGUUUGAUAACCAGGCAAUGUAUGAUAUAAUGCGUGAUAAAGUGUGUAUUGAACAGCCGACAUAUGCACAUUUAAAUCGUUUGAUGAGUCAAGUUCUGUCCGGAAUUACGGCAUCGUUGCGUUUUAAUGGAUCACUAAAUGUGGAUUUAGAUGAUUUUCAAACGAAUUUGGUGCCAUUUCCACGCAUUCAUUUUCCAAUCGCAUCGUAUGCACCCGUAAUGAAUGCAACAAAGGAAACGUACGAACCAGCAACCGUGUCUGAUAUCACACAGCAAGUGUUUGAUUCAAGCAACUUAAUGAUGAAAUGCGAUCUAACGGUAGGCAAAUUUAUGGCCUGUUGCUUACUUUAUCGUGGAGAUGUUGUUGCAAAAGACAUCAAUAGUGCCAUUCAAUCGAUUAAAAAUCAACGUAUGAUUCAAUUUGUUGAUUGGUGUCCAACGGGAUUUAAAAUCGGCAACAAUAACAAACCACCCGUAUCAGUGCCGCACAGUGAGCUAUCAUCAUGUGUACGUGGUGUGUCAAUGCUUGCCGCAACAACAGCCAUCCAAGGUGUGUUCGGUGCGCUCAAUCGGAAAUUCGAUAUGAUGUAUCAUAAACGAGCAUUCUUGCAUUGGUAUCUCGACGAAGGUAUGGAACUGUAUGAGUUUGACGAAGCACGCACCAACUUGGCAGUUUUAGAAAAAGACUACGAAGAAGUUAAUAUCGAUUUAUAACUUAUCUGCGUGAAAAUUUUCAACACACUUUUCUUUAUUGCCGUUCAAUAAAAAACCGUUUCAACUUUAAAACCUUCAAACUGUAUUCAUUUUGUUACUGUUUGAGCUAAAAUUUAUGUAUGAGCUCUGAUUUUUUACUGAUUCUUUUUUAUGAACAAAAAAAACACACACACUUCAGCCAUGGAUUUAUUGACAAAACAUACAACACUGAACGAAAUGAAAUUUUCGUAAUUUUUUAUUGUAAAAUUUUUACCGCGGACCUUGGAUAUUUAAUUUUUUUUUCAAUGCGAACUCGCCAAAUGGAACAUUCAAAUUAAGUUUCAUAAAAAAUUUCAAAUUCUUUGUUUUUUUAAAUUCGAAAUUAAAUUAUAUUUUAUAAAAAUGAA